AUGCAGCCGGGGAGUAAUGCAGCCCACAUGCAGCCGGGGAGUAAUGUAGCCCACAUGCAGCCGAGGAGUAAUGUAGCCCAUAUGCAGCCGGGGAGUAAUGUAGCUCACAUGCAGCCGUGGAGUAAUGUAGCCCAUAUACAACCGGGGAGUAAUGUAACCCACAUGCAGCCGGAGAGUAAUGUAGCCCAUAUGCAGCAGUGGAGUAAUGUAGCCCACAUGCAGCCGUGGAGUAAUGUAACCCACAUGCAGCCGGGGAGCAAUGUAGCUCACAUGCAGCAGUGGAGUAAUGUAGCCCACAUGCAGCCGGGGAGUCAUUAG